UUUUCACACCUUAUCAGAGCAGGCAAGUAGAGGGCGCGAGCUAUGUAUGGCCCGCCAAUUGCCCACCUUUGAUAUAAAUUGAUAUAAAUAGACACUUAUCAAUAUAGUUUUGUAAAGAACAGACAGGCAAAUCAUGUUGUCAAGUUUUUUUUUAUUAAAAAUCAUGAUAAAUAUAUUCAUGCAUAUUAAACAAACAUAUAUCUUUAAUUGCAACGUUCGAAAAAUAAAGGCACUUUCUUCGAAAUAAAGGAUGCAGGGGGCUGUGACCUGAAUAAUCAUCGACUCUCGUGCACUAUUCAACGCGAGUGUGUGAAACGUAUCUACGCAAGUCUGGCGGCGGCUUGACGCCGCUAUUCGACGUCGGUACUCGACGCUUCGUCGCAAAAAAGAAGCGAGCCGAUAAAAUUACUCUUGUGCUUCCUUGGGCAGUCAGUAUAUCGCGAAACAUCGAGAAAGGUGUUUGGUGUAUUUCACUCCAGCGAUUCAUCAUCUUUCUCUUUCUCUUUUAUAUACACGUUGCUUGAACUUUCUUGUAAUAGAGAAUAAAUAAAAAAUUAACGUGCAAUUUAAAUUUUCAAAAUAUAAAUAAAAUUCAUUGAAGAAGAUUAAAAAAAGUCAAACCAAAGAAAAAAAAAAAUAAAUUUAUCUUUAGUACGACCAAUCAAAUCGUAUCCCCCGAUUGAUAUUCUUGCAUCCUCAUUGGUUGAAGGACGCAACAGUCGCUUUCUCUUUUUUGACUGAUUUUCAUUUCUACGGCGCGUACGCAAGUUUUUCUUAUGGUGUUUUCUUUCUACAUCUGUCUCAACACAUAUAAAAGAACAACAAGUGAUAACCUUCUGAAUAUAAUUUACUUUAAUGUCUAGAGGUACUUGAGAGGUUAGCUUGAUUUUUAACUUUAUUCUAUGUAUAUCGAUGAUUCGUAAGUCAUGUGCGUGUCUAUUUCAUAUCUAUAAGUGAUGCUUUAUACUUGCAUAUAGAAAGUGUGUGCAUAAUUUGAAAAGAAGGAAAAAGAAGGAAAAUAAAGAGAUAGGAGUGUAGAAAAAAAGGAAUAAUGUCAAGUAGCGUGUGCCACGCGCCCCUACCAACGCGAAUGGAAACAUUUACCACGAGACUUUGUUUGCGUGCUGUCGAUCAGUAUGAGCGGCUUCUGCAGGCUCACUUCAACAAGGUUUUUCUUGUUACAGUCUUCCAACAAGGAGCAAAGCCGAAUAAAUCAUGAUUCUACAACACACAAAGAUACACGACGGCAAAAGGAUGCAUCCUCCAGUAAUAGCAAUUACAGUGCCUUUCGGCAAUGGAGGAGAAGUACUUCCGUUGGUACCAAUCGGUCCAACAGUGCUGGACCAAGGAGCGUCAAUUCGAUCGUCAAAUUGCCGAAUGAUGCGGCUACUAUCAAAAAGAUGGAACAAUUUCCGCUUGUUCUUUCUGAUACCACUAUGCCUGAUGAAGAUUUAUCUUUGAAGUUUCUUGCAUUGAAUGCUUUGGAUCUUACUGCACCAGCUAGCGACGUAUUGCUAAAAAAUAGAUUGAAAUCUUGGUUCCAAUUAUCUGGACAUCCUGAUGGUUUUGCACCUGCUGGACCUGGUACAGUAUGGAAAAGAAAAAGUGGAGGAAAUGAGAAUACUGAACGCAUUGUAUAUGAAGCUUUAAGUAAAGAUGAAGCAUUUCGAGAUUGCAUUCCUAGGUAUUACAGGGAGGUCGAGUACAAAGGAGAUACAUUUAUCGAGUUACAGGAUUUACUAUUUGGUUUUAACGAUCCUCACGUGAUGGACAUUAAAAUGGGGACACGAACGUUUUUAGAAUCGGAAGUUUCAAAGACUAUGGCGAGACCGGAUCUAUACCAAAAGAUGAUUGCUGUUGAUCUGAAUGCACCUACAAAACAGGAACACGAACAACGUGCUGUAACCAAAUUACGAUAUAUGCAAUUUCGUGAACAACAAAGUUCGACAUGUAGUCAUGGAUUCAGAAUUGAAGCUAUGAAAUUACCUGGGGUACCCCCCAUCACAGAUCUGAAAAAAGUUAAAUCGCAUAAAGAGGUGUUAGGUACAAUGAAAACGUUUCUUGGAAAGAAAGAGGAAACUCGUAAAAAUCUUCUGAUUCGUCUUAAGAAUUUAAGAACGAAAAUCGAAAAAUCCAAAUAUUUUCAAACUCAUGAAAUCAUCGGUAGCAGUAUUUUUAUGAUUUAUGAUAACGAAAAAGUUGGAGUUUGGUUAAUAGAUUUUGCAAAAACUUGCGAACUGCCAGAUGGCCUUAAAGUGACACAUAGACAUCCAUGGGAGCAGGGCAAUCACGAAGAAGGCUUUCUAUUUGGGCUUGAUAAUCUUAUUUCUACGAUAGAAGAAGUAAAUGUCUCCUUAUGAAUGAUUAACUAAAAAGUGCAAAAUUUUCUUUUUUCGCGUAUCUACUUUAAAUAAUUAUUUUUUAAAUUCUUCUCUGUUAUUCUUAUUUAUUAUUUUUCUUAUCAAGAUCACCUUAACGUACAAAAAUAGUGUUUAAAAUAGUUAUAUCCUGAAAUAUUUAGAUAAAAUAUUUACAUUUUCUAAUAUUUCUCCAUUUUUUCUUUUUUCUUUUCCGAUGUCGCGCGCGUGUGUGUAUGUAUGUAUGUGUGCAUUAAUAUUUUCUUUUUUUUUCGUAGAUGAUGGUAUUGCAUUUUAUUACACAUUACUUUCUUUACUUUCCAUGCUCUUUUAUGUAUAUGUGUGUGUGUGCACGUGCGUGUGUGUAGAAAUACAUAUGCAUAUAUAUACAUAUAUGCAUACAUGUAUAUGUAAGAAUUAUCUUUAUUAAAUAAAUAGCAGCAAGUACGCAAGAUUUAAAUCUGAAAAUACUAUACAAUUUGCGUCAAGUAUACAGUGUAAUCUUAGAAUCUUGAUAGUAUUUUGUAUUGCAUGAUUUUUAUAUACAUGUUUAAAAUAAUUGUCUCGUUUUUAAAGUAUUAUGUUCUACGUUAUAUUUGUAGCUUUUCAUAGCUGCAUUAAAAUUAAAUUACAUUGUAUACUAUAAUUGAAAUACAUAUACCAUUGUCUUUGAAAGAUCCGUGAUAGUCUUAUUUAGAGUUAAUAAAUAUUCUUAAAUAUAUUAAUUUAACAUAUAUUACCAUUUUCACUGUUAGAAAUCAUAAAUCAUCAUUGGAUUAAUUGAACACUAAAUGUUAGUAUAAUUUAUUUAUACCUGAUAGAUAAGUAAUAAAUUAUAUUGGCAUUAUAUUUCAUGAGUUUAUAUAUUCUUAUUA